AUGCCGACCUCCAGCAUCCUCAGAAAGCUCCACCUUACUAGACCGAACCACACUUCGGAAAUCACAAUCAACUCUUUGGAUAACGUCCAUUCGAUGGAGUACCAGCCGGCCGUUCAGAACCAGGGCCAAGCCACCCAAUUGGGCCAGACUGGCGUGCCCCAAGCCCACAUGGGCCAGCCACAGGUGGCGCAUGGCCAAUUGAACCCAGGCCAGAUGGGUCAGCCGCAAUUGAGCCAGGGCCAGCUGCAAUUGAGCCUGGGCCAGCUGCAAUUGAGUCUGGGCCAAGCAAACGCAGGCCAGGUUUUGCAGCACCGCCAACAGGAGGCGGUGCAAUCCAGCCUCUUGCCACAAAAGUCCACCGUCUCCAAAGGCAAGUACCUGCUUGCAGACUUCACCAUCAUGCGCACGUUGGGCACAGGGUCGUUUGGCCGUGUCCACUUGGUUCGCUCCGUUCACAACGGACGCUACUACGCCAUUAAGGUUUUGAAGAAACAGCAGGUGGUGAAGAUGAAACAAGUGGAACACACCAACGACGAGCGGCGCAUGUUGAAGUUGGUGGAGCACCCCUUCUUGAUCAGAAUGUGGGGCACGUUCCAGGACCAGAAAAACUUGUUUAUGGUGAUGGACUACAUUGAAGGUGGCGAGUUGUUCUCGUUGUUGAGAAAGUCCCAGCGCUUUCCCAACCCAGUGGCCAAGUUCUACGCGGCUGAAGUGGUUUUGGCCUUGGAAUACCUCCACUCGCACGAUAUCAUCUACCGAGACUUGAAACCCGAAAACAUUUUGUUGGACCGCAGUGGCCACAUCAAAAUCACAGAUUUUGGUUUCGCCAAAGAAGUCAACACCGUGACUUGGACCUUGUGUGGUACGCCAGACUACAUUGCCCCAGAAGUUAUCACUUCCAAGCCUUACAAUAAGUCUGUCGACUGGUGGUCUUUGGGUGUUUUGAUUUACGAAAUGCUUGCCGGAUACACCCCAUUCUACGACUCGACUCCCAUGAAAAUCUACGAGAAGAUCUUGUCGGGCAAAAUCCACUUCCCGAGCUUGAUGCACCCUGACGUGGUGGAUUUAUUGUCGCGCUUAAUCACUGCAGACUUGUCUUCUCGUUUGGGAAACUUGUUGAACGGUCCGGCCGAUAUCCGUAACCACCCUUGGUUUUCUGAGGUGGUGUGGGAGAAAUUGUUGGCCAAGGACAUUGAAACUCCGUACGAGCCACCAAUUGCUGCAGGCGUCGGCGAUUCCUCUUUGUUCGACCAUUACCCAGAAGAGCAGCUGGACUACGGCUCUGUGGGCGAAGAUCCUUAUGCGGAGUACUUCACGGAGUUCUGA